AUGUCUGACGCGUCGUCAACAGAGAAAGUAAAUUUACCAAAUGGAAAAACGUUAACUGUAUAUACUGGACUGUUCAUUAACAAUAAAUUUGUGGAGUCGGUCGACGGUCGACGCUUUGAGACGAUCGAUCCGGCGACCGAAAAGCCGAUAGUGAACGUCGCGGAGGGAACAGCCGCGGAUAUUGAUGUGGCAGUUGACGCGGCGUCUGAAGCUUUCGAGAAAGUAUGGCAACACGUCGAUGGUAAAGCACGUGGCCGAUUGCUGUAUAAAUUGACGGAUUUGUUAAUGCGUGACAGGGAAGAAUUGGGGUAUUUGGAGGCGUUAGAUACCGGGAAACCGAUCAAGAGUGCUACAGGGGAUGUGGAAGAUGCGGUUGAUGUGUUGAGAUAUUAUGCCGGGUGGGCGGAUAAAAUUCACGGAAAGGUGAUCGAAACCAGCCACGACAAAUUUUGCUACACUCGUCACGAACCAUUUGGUGUAGUAGGACAGAUCAUACCGUGGAAUUACCCUAUAUCAAUGUUAUCCUGGAAAUUAGGCCCGGCAUUGGCCUGUGGAAAUACAAUCGUUCUAAAACCAGCUGAACAAACACCGCUUAGCGCCUUAAAAACUGCUUCUUUGAUUCGUGAAGCUGGGUUUCCACCGGGUGUAGUUAAUAUUGUGCCUGGAUAUGGUCACACAGCUGGUGCUGCGAUUGCUAAUCACAUGAAAAUAGCUAAAGUCGCUUUCACUGGAUCUACUACCGUUGGAAGGAGUAUUCUGAAAGCGGCUGCGGAAAGCAAUCUAAAAAAAGUAACGUUGGAACUUGGCGGCAAGUCACCAAACAUCAUAUUUGAAGAUGCGGACCUCGGCCAGGCUAUCAAAUGGGCACAUAAUGGUGUUUUCUCGAACGCUGGUCAAAAUUGUUGUGCAGGAUCGCGAGUAUAUGUCCAAGAUACGGUUUACAAUGAAUUUAUUGAGAAAUACAAAGAGUUUGCGCUGUCGAAAAAAAUUGGGAGUCAGUUCGAACCUGGUGUUAACCAAGGACCACAGAUUUCUAAAGUUCAAUUUGAUAGGAUCAUGGAGUAUAUUCAGGCUGGUAAAAGUGAGGGGGCCAAAUUGAUACUAGGCGGGGACAGACAUGGAACCGAAGGAUACUUUAUUCAACAAACUAUGUUCACUGAUGUGAAUGAGAACAUGAAAAUUAUGCAAGAAGAAAUUUUCGGUCCGGUGGUUGCAAUCGCAAAAUUCAAAACAGUCGAAGAAGUAAUCGAAAAAGCUCACCUAACGAAAUAUGGGUUGGCCGCUGCAGUCUUCACCAAAGAUAUUACACGCGCAAUUAAGAUAUCGAAUGCACUUAAAGCCGGAACGGUGUGGGUGAAUUGUUAUAAUCAAGUUAAUUGUAACACUCCAUUCGGCGGUUUCAAGGAGUCAGGACAUGGUCGUGAACUUGGAAAAUACGCAUUAGCAAAUUAUACUGAAGUUAAAACUGUUCAGAUAAAUUUAGGCAAAUAA